AACUCUGAUCUUUUAUUAAAUCCUUUCAUAAAACGUUUUUUCCCAUAAUCCUCUUUCUUUACAUUUGCGCACUUUGGCGCACAACCGAGCGGCCUUUCUCCCGCGUGCCUGUGAAACGUUUCCAUCUUUUCUCAUUCGCAGCCACCUCUUCGUGCUUUGCUCGUCCUCGGGACCGGGACAGAGGGGGCUGAGUGGGAGUGGGCUCCCCGCUUGUCCUCCGCGCGCCCAUUGGCCGCCCGUGCCAUCCGUCAGCCCGGCGGCGCGCGCCGAUUGGCUGCGGGAGGCGGAUCCGCAGGUGUCCUCGGCUCAUAGAGGCGCGGGGCGGAGAGAAGGUGAUCAAUCUCCAUCCGUCUCCAUUAGAAAUCACCUUAACUCUCUGACAGACGACGACAAGCCCCCUGAAAGCAAAUGAGUUUGAUUUAUUUGGCUGCAAAAGCACCCGGAACCGCAUCGUGGACGCGGUGACGCCCCGCGUGCUCAUAACCUGACGGCGACUUUCUCCGUGAUGUUGCUCGGUCUGCGCACCGCUGUUUGUUUUUAAGUGAGCGAGCUGCAGCCGCCGAGUCCUGCGCCCGCACGCUUCCCACUGCUGGAUAAUUUUAGUGCCGCUCGCCUCUCGUGGCGCGAGGUCUCCGGGAGAAGGAAGGGAACAAAACAAGUGACUCAGCAGUGACUUGGGUUGGACCCCUGUCCCGUCAAGCUGCAGCAUCGGGGGAAACCGAACCACUGGCCUGAGCUGGGUGGAGCAGUGACCGCGUGUAGCAUGAUGUCCUACCUCAAACAGCCCCCCUACGGCGUCAACGGCCUGGGGCUGAGCGGCGCUGCCAUGGACCUGCUGCACCCCUCCGUGGGCUACCCAGCGACUCCCAGGAAGCAGCGGCGCGAGCGCACAACCUUCACGCGCUCCCAGCUGGACGUUCUGGAGGCUCUGUUCGCCAAAACCCGGUACCCGGACAUCUUCAUGCGCGAGGAGGUCGCGCUGAAAAUCAACUUGCCGGAGUCCAGGGUCCAGGUGUGGUUCAAGAACCGACGGGCCAAGUGUCGCCAGCAGCAGCAGAGCGGCAGCAGCGCCAAAGCCAGGCCGCCCAAGAAGAAGUCGUCCCCGGCCCGGGAGAGCACGGGCUCGGAGAGCAGCGGGCAGUUCACUCCUCCUGCCGUCUCCAGCACGGGCUCGUCCUCGUCCUCGUCCUCGUCCACCAACCACGCGGGUCCGGCCGCGCUCAGCAGCACCUCUACCUCCAUCAGUACCGUCUCCUCCAUCUGGAGCCCUGCGAUCUCUCCCGGAAACGCCCCUGCUGCUGCAGUGGCGCCGCUUCCCGAGCCCGGACCCCCUUCCAACGCCUCCUGCAUGCAGCGCUCCAUGAGCGGCUCCGCCGCCGCCGCCACCUCCUACCCCAUGACCUACAACCAGACGCCAGGCUACGGCCAGGGCUACCCGGCCCCCUCCAGCUCCUACUUCAGCGGCGUGGACUGUGGCUCCUACCUGGCCCCCAUGCACUCUCACCACCACCCACACCAGCUCAGCCCCAUGACGGCCUCCUCCAUGUCAGGCCAUCCCCACCAUCACAUCAGCCAGUCGUCAGGCCACCACCACCACCACCACCACCACCAGGCCUACGGAGGCUCCGGCCUGGCCUUCAACUCCUCUGACUGCCUGGAUUACAAAGAGCAGACUGCGGCCUCCUCGUGGAAGCUCAACUUUAACACCACAGACUGCUUGGACUACAAAGACCAGGCCUCCUGGAGGUUCCAAGUCUUGUGAUCGGGCUCCCCCCCCCCCCAGCUCGUCCACCCCCUCCUCUUAUUUUCCAGAUCAGGACAUUGCUUGUUUUUAAAGACAGAAUUUAUGAACCAUAUGAUAAGAAGAUAGCAGCAGGAAAGCUCAACAAUCUGACUUUUUCUCCUCACUCUCAUCCUCAACGUUUUUAAAACUUUAAAGUCUCGUGAAGAGGAAACAUCAGGAGCAGAUUCUAUGAUGAUAAGUGGGAGUUUUUUUGUCUGUUAACGCCCCUUCGAGGAUGAGCCUAACUAAACUGCUUUUCAGAACAGUCAUUUCAACCAAACUCCUUUGACCACCAGCUCUCUGGCUUUCUGGAUGGGAGGAAUAUUUUCCCCUCUGGUGCACAAACAGGAACUGCCUGCAGUGCCCUCUUACCUCCAGCCCAAUCAAAUCCUGUAUAGUUUUUAUUUCUAAAAUUUGUUAUUUUAGGAUGACAGAGAUUUUUAGCCAGCUACAUUGAGGAGCUGAAAUAUGUAAAUAUGUAUUUGGGUCAGUUACAGUGACCAUGAUUAGUUGUUUUUUUCCAAAUUUAAAGUUGUUUAUUACCACUUUGGGAAGAAAAAAAAGAAAAAAAUCCUGUAUGUACAUUUUUCCAAAUAUUCCAAAGAGAACAAAUUGGACACGAAGUUCAGCUUUUAUAGAAAUUGUUUUAGUCAGGAAACAUGAUUUGGCAAUUUGAAAUGUCUUGGAAAACUGAAAUAUAGAUAAACCUAUUCUGGACAUUUGUCCAGUUUCCAUUCUGUUUUUUGGGAUAUUAUUAUUAUAAUUAUUAUUAAUAUUAUUAUCAUUAUUUUAGCCUCUACAUUUUCAAACCUCACCUCCUCUCUGGGGCAAUGUCGUGAUAUUGGACAUGUUUGAACCGCAGCACUUGGCUUGAUAUUGGAGUCAAAUCAUUUUCUUAUUUGGGAGAGGAGGGAAACUGGAUUAUAGCUCCAAUCUGACAGUGAGAUUGUUGAAUGUAUCUUAAAGGCGACCACCCUCACAUACAUGUUCAUCAAAUAAAGAUCCGUUAAGACUUA